GAGGACUUGCGUCUUGUUGCUUCAAAAAUGUCCGUAAUUUAUCUGCUGUGCAUUAUUGCGUCGCAAAUGACAGUUGUAUUGUCCAAUGCAGGGAAUAUUUGGACGUACAGAGGUUCACUAGGCCCUGACCACUGGCACAUUGAUUAUCCUCACUGCGGGGGCACACACCAGUCUCCAAUCGACCUGCAGACCCGAGAUGCGGUCGUGGACCCGACUCAUCUGUCCCCGAUCGUCUUCUACGGCUAUGACCGUGUCUCUAACCUCAACUAUACCCUAGAGAACAACGGCCACACUGUUCAGAUUGGUUUGAACGAAAAAACGAUGAUGAUCUCUGGUGGAGGCUUGAGUGACACGUACAUUGCCGAGCAGUUCCACUUCCACUGGGGAGCCGUGGACGAGCGGGGUUCGGAGCACUCCCUCAAUGGUCGCUACUUUCCCAUGGAGAUGCACAUCGUCCAUUACAACAAGAAGUACGGUAAUAUCUCCUCCUCUGUUGACAAAGCGGAUGGUCUGGCAGUGCUCGGCUUCUUCUUUGAGGUUGGCCGAUUCAACUUCCAUUUUCAAGAAAUCAUCAAUAAUUUUGGCGAUAUUCAGUACAACGAUGAGAAAGUCCAGAUACACUCCAUCCCCAUGAUAGACCUGAUGCCCGCCCGUCUAGCCAACUACUACCGCUACGUCGGUAGUCUGACCACGCCCCCUUGCUAUGAAAGUGUCACGUGGACCAUUUUCAAUGAAACCAUUGAGAUAGCAGAAGAGCAGUUGGUACAAUUCCGUACAACAAUCUUCGAAAACGACAAAAGCGACGGCGGCGUUUCGAUGGACUUAUCCGACGACUACCGACCCGUCCAGUGCAUGUUCCGACGCCGGCUGUAUGCCAGCCAUCCAUCCCUGAAAUACAAUGCGGCUACCCAAAAUGUCAUGGUAGUCGGAGACGGAAAUAGCGCCGCCUCAAACGAACCGCACCGUAUAAGCCUCUUUUUUAUGUGUUCCGCCUGGUUAUGGUUUUUACAAUUAUUCUUCUCUCUAUGAAAAUGCAAAGUGUUUUUGUGUAUACUUAACGUCUAAUUGGAAUUUGUUUGACCUCAGUAGUUUGCUUUUAGUAGAAAUAAGAUGUGGCGUGUAUUCAACAAUUACUUUCUAUGGAAAAACACAAUAUGUGCACUCAAAUACCGUUUGUUAAUUAAAUAAUGCGGUAAUAAGUAUCUGCAACUAAUCUUUUCAAUGUUCGUGUUUAUACAUUGCGUCUCUGUAAUUGAACUUUCUGUGAAUAUUUUCUUAAAGUUUUCAUGCUUCAAAAUAAGAUAACAAUACAAAGCUGACUUGUGUACGUCGAAAUCAUAAAACAUAAGUAUACUAUACUAUAAAGACCAUAACACAAGGCAGAGGUGGACCGGGCGUCUAUAAUUGACCCACGGCUGUUCGGCACUUUGCCCGAGUGCCAAUCAAUAUCCGCAGGGGGCCGAGUAUAGACGUGCGGCCCAGCCCUGUCGUGUGUUAUCAUUAUAUAACAUUAACUCCUUUUUUGUUUAUUCACUAAAAUUGAUUACCGAACCAGCUCUGUGUUUCAUUUAAUUGAUUACACUAUAUAUGGAUUUUAGGUACAAUAAUUCGGACGUGUUGGUUAAGUUAACAGUAAAAUAUUGUUAAAAAGGCAUUGAAUCGAAAACGUAAUUCGAAUUGCGUGCUUGUCAUGCAUGUUUGGAAACUUCGAUAAAAAUACGAUAUAUUGCUAGGGUAGAGGUAGAGACAUUUUCCACUUCACUUACUGAAUGAUUUGUACAUAACUUCUUUUAUCAUUUAGAUUACUUAAGAUAUAUAGCAUAUGCAUAUUUUUUCAUCUCUGAUUGCAUAACACUAUUAAGUGUUAUUUUUCAGUCUUCCUAUGCAUUUUUUUGUUUACAAUAUUGCAAUAAAAUGUGCUCGAACAUUCGAUAUCGCACAUCAUGGUUUUUGUUGAAGUGGUGAGCAGUCGUUGCAAAUUUUUCCAAAACACCUUCGUGAUAUGUAAAAUAAAUUUAGAUAUAUGGAUGUAUUUAAAAUAAGUUAAGCUAAUGGAAGAAAGAACAGAAAAUUGAAGUUCAUAUAGUUGAAAUUAAAAUUUAAUCAGCAUUGGAUUUAAGUUGUUAUUGAGCUACGUGUGUCUUUUUAGAUAAUACAUUUGGUUUGUUGCUGACUCCUAUAAAAGUAAAAUAGUUUCAUCAAUGUAAUAUACCAUACAGUUUCAGUCGAAAUCGAUAUUAUCACAAUCGUGUGCUACGUAUAAGUAUCAUUCUGUUAUUUUUUUCCCAUUUAUUUGUGGCUAAAUUGUAUUAACCAUAGCUGGCUAAGACUCAACGUGGACGGUAUGUAAUACUAGAACUUACCAGUUCGACAUAUUGCAUGAUUUAUCGUUUGCCAACCGUUGUGUACACACCGGUCUUACUGACAAAAACAUAGUGACGUCACCAUCUAUGUAUAGAAUGGUUUGCUAACCUUUUAAAGUUGCAAACAAGCUAUGUAGAAUUGGAAGAAGGCAGUCUGUUUGAUAUAUUGAAUACGUUCAUUUGUGUGAAGUGAAUUAAACAUAAGCAGCUAUGAACGUCAAACUACACCUGUAGGCGAGAACUCUAUGAAAGAUCCCAGCCUAUGGUCUCUCUUGUAUAUGUUUGUCCAUUUCGCAACCGUAACCGUGUAUAGACCGUAUCCACAUAUAUUCAGAUGUGUAAUGGUGUACUAUUGUAUAUAUGAUAACUUGUCAAAAUAUACAUGCAUGUGCUGUAAGUUUAUUUCCUUAUGAUCAUAUUUCCAAAAAACUGUUAAGAUUUCUGUGUGUGUGUGUGUGUGUGUGUGUGUG